UACGGGAUCCGCGAUUCAUUUCUGUGAUGGGAUAAACACGGAACGUGUCGACGCUUCCCAUUUUCCUUCCAAUUGCGGCGGCGGCAGCAAGGAGGCGACGAAAGACGAGGAGGAGGAGGAGGAGGAGAGAGGGAGAGAGCAAGGAAUCGCCUUCUUUUCGCUCCUCGAAUCCAUCUCGUUGCCCUAAAGUUUUGCUUCCUCUGCGUUUAUUUUGCUUUCCGAGUAGAUCUGAUCGCCCCUGCCAACUAACAAGUCCUCCCUGUCUUCUCAAUUCGAUGCUCGAUGAGGCUCUCGGUCAAGAACCUCGUGUUCUUCUUCGCCGUGGUUGUCUUGGGGUUUCUCACCUCCGGCGUGCUGACGCCAUCGGUGCUUGAUUCGCCGGUGGAGGGCGAACCAUGGCUGGCAGAUGCAGCAGCAGCUGUUUCUUGUUCUCCCUCCUCUUCUUAUCCGCAUCGGUUUUCUCUUUCAGCUUCGCCUGCUGUCCAGGUCUCUGAUGCAGAGAACGAGAGUGGACACCGCCCGUUGUCCAAUGAUCUAGUACCCUUCCCGACGGCUAUAACAAGUCCCGGAAAGAGAGCGAUCUUGAGUUUGGAUGAAAAUAAACAUGAUAAAUUCCUCCUCGCGUUGCCAAAUGGUACUAUCUAUUUCAUGAAUAGAUCCAAGAAACCUCAGUGGAAGCUUUUGACUGGUCAGCCGCUUUCAUAUUCGUGGCAUUCUCCUUCAAUUGUUGAUCCUGAAUAUAUUGUGUCAUCUGAUGGCGAUGGGGAACUCUAUGAAUACAGCAAGGAUUCUGGGAAAAGGAAGCAUAGCUGGUCCAUUGAGGAAUGUGUCCAGCGAGCACCUAUUGUUGAAGGAUCAAUCAUCACUACUGGAACAAAGACAUCAACUUUUUAUGUGGUUGAUGCAGAAAGUGGGGAGUUAAUUUAUAAUGACAUGGACCCUUUAAAUUUGGCAACUGUUGGAGUGCGUUCUGCUAGAGAGCAGUCCAUUGCAUCCACAUUAGAAUCUGGCAAUGCAACUUACAUAACCAUUAUAAGAACAGAUUAUUUUCUCGACAGUUAUGAGAUAAACAAUCAUUUGUGGAGCGUUAUGAUUUCUCGUAUAAGUGCUUAUAAUGUUGGGACUGGAUUUCCACCCGCUGUGGAUGAUGGGACGGAACUACCCGCCAUGACUGAAAGGAAUAUUCCUGUCUACAUUCAGGUUGAAGCUGAUCAAUCACCUGAGCCAAAGCUUAUGCUACCUGCCCCAUCUAAACCAACUGCUGGAAUGUUGUCUGGGAAGCAUGUUGUGCAAUCGUCUGAAUGUGAAGCAAUUGAUAAUUGUUCAUUGGGAAUUCUUACUGCUUCCAAGUCAGUCCCUGUCCAGUUAUCUGGAAAACCAGAUGUUUUGUUUGCCUCUUUGGAUGUAACACAAGGCUUACCUGUACCUGUUUCUCCAAAAGCAUGCCCGUUGGGAAACUGCAUUGCUGCUAGACCAAGUUUACCUGCUGAACAUUUUAGACCGAGUUCUGGAAAAGAUAUUCCCAAUGCAUCACAGAAGUUGUUAGAUGACCCAAAGGAAAAUUCAACAAGUGAAUAUUCUGAUGCCCCUAUGAAUUUGUGGUUGCCAUUGCAAUUUAUUAACGGUCAAGGUUACAUUUGGCUUUGGAUUCUAUUUUGCGCUGCUCUAUUGAUGUUUUCCGGUUUUUGGUUGAGAAAAUGGUUGAAUUAUAAUAAAGAAUAUGAUGAUUCAAUACAAAAACAAUCUGUGCUUUCCAAGAGAAAAAAACUCCUGAAAGCUGGAAAUUUUAAAAGUUAUACCAGCAGUGAUAUUGAUGAUCAAAAUAUUGUAUUAAAUGGAGAAAAUACUGAAACUGUUGGACACAGUCAAAUUCAAGACAAUAGGAGUUACUCAUUCAUAAACCUCACAAAGCCAGAUGAUAGUAGUGAUGGGCGUUGGGUUGGGAGACUCUUUGUUACAAAUACUGAAAUUGGCCGAGGGAGCAAUGGUACAGUUGUCUUUGAAGGACUUUAUGAUGGCCGACCAGUCGCAGUGAAACGGCUCCUUCGUGUGCAUGAUGAUGUGGCUCUUAAAGAGAUUCAGAAUCUUAUUGCAUCUGAUCGGCAUCCAAAUAUUGUUCGGUGGUACGGGGUGGAACAAGAUCUGGAUUUUGUCUAUAUCUCAUUGGAGCGCUGUACUUGCAGCCUAAGUGAUCUAAUACAAUUGUGCUCAGAGUCUUCUUCAGAUUCUAAAUAUGCGGGAAAUGGAACUUCAAACACUCUCAUUGAGCGCAAACUUCAGUUAGGCUUGGUGAAAAAUGUUGGAAAGGAAUUUUCUUUGUGGAGUGCUAAUGGGCUUCCUUCCUCUCAGCUCUUAAAACUUAUGAGAGAUGUAAUUUCUGGUCUUGCACAUCUUCAUGAACUUGGAAUCAUACAUCGGGAUCUAAAACCUCAAAAUGUCUUAAUAAGCAAUGAUAGAUAUUUUAAUGCCAAACUGUCUGAUAUGGGCAUUAGCAAACGCCUGCUUGAAGACAUGACUUGUUUGAGUCGUAAUGCCACUGGGUCUGGUAGUUCAGGCUGGCAAGCUCCAGAGCAACUCCUUCAUGGACGUCAGACACGAGCUGUGGAUUUGUUCAGUUUGGGUUGUAUUCUGUUCUUUUGCAUCACCAAAGGCAAACAUCCAUUUGGCAAUCACUUUGAAAGGGAUUCAAAUAUUGUGAAGAAUCACAUGGACCUCUUUUUGGUCGAUCAUAUACCAGAGGCUGAACAUCUACUUUGUCAAUUGUUACAUCCUGACCCGCAGAUGAGGCCAAAUGCAGUGGAAGUAUUGCAUCAUCCUCUUUUCUGGAGUUCUGAGACACGACUCUCAUUUCUACGAGAUUUGAGUGAUAGAAUUGAAUUGGAGGACAGAGAGAAUGAAUCAGAUUUUCUCAAAGCACUAAAAAAUAGUGCAGCAGCUGCAUUUGGUGGGAAAUGGAAAGAAAAAUUGGACGUUGCAUUAAUAACAGAUAUGGGUCGUUAUCGAAAAUAUCGAUUUGAUUGCAUGCGAGAUCUUCUUCGAGUAAUAAGAAACAAGUUGAACCAUUAUAGGGAGCUACCCAAACCUCUCCAGGAAAUUCUCGGACCUGUUCCUGAAGGAUUUGAUUCAUACUUUGCAAGUCGAUUCCCCAAACUUCUUAUAGAAGUCUACAAGGUGGCUUUCCAGUACUGCAAGGAAGAGGACUUCUUCAAAAAGAUUUAUAGAACUAGUAUUUUAUAGCUUUAUACGGAGCUACCUUACCUAUAUCUUAGUCCUUUGAGAAACCUGAUUAUCACUGUACAAUAUUAAUGUAAAUGUUUAACAUAUGCUUUAAAACUAAUGUAAUUAGGCCCUUUAUUGUACUUGCGUUCGAGAGAAAGACCAACCCUUGUAAAUUAUCAACGCAAGUAUACUAUUCAUCAUAUUCCAGAGGGCAAUGGUACUUAAUUCUAUA